UUGCGCGAAGCCGCCUCAACACCGCAAUCAUGGGUUCCUCCCAAGAAGAAGGAACAGCAGAAGAUGUCGCUUGGCGACUUCCUGCAGGACCAAAACUACGGCGGAUCGUGGGCAGAUGAGGUCGAAGAUACUUUCAGCAAGCUUGCUAACCUUUACGCAGCCGGCACUCAGGCACUUCCCGCCCCCGAGCGUGCUGGCUACCGUCCCUCCGGAGGUGGUUGGGGUUCCAGCGGCGACCGCCCCGAGCGCAGAGACUACGGUGGUUACUCCUCCAUUCGCGAGAACCUUCCCCAGCAGCUCCCCGACAAGCCUCCUUACACCGCUCACCUUGGCAACCUCUCUUACGAUGCCACCGUCGACACCGUUACCGAGUUCUUCGAGGGAUGCAACAUCAUCAACGUCCGCAUCAUCGAGGACCGCGAGCAGCAGCGCCCCAAGGGCUUUGCUUACGCUGAGUUCCAGGACCUUGAGGGUCUGAAGCAGGCUCUGACUUUGGACGGCCAGUCUUUCCAGGGUCGUGUUAUCAGAAUCAAGGUUGCCGAUCCCCCUCGUGGCGGCGACCGAGGCGAAUCUACCCGCGACUUUGGCGACUGGAGCCGCAAGGGCCCCCUUCCCGACCUUCCCGGACGUGGUGGAAACGACCGUCGUGGCUCCGAGUUCGGCGAGCGCCGUGCCCCGCGCGAGCCCCGUGAGGAUGAUGGCAAGGUUCGCGACUUCGGCAACUGGGAGCGUAGAGGCCCUCUUUCUCCCAUCGCUCAGGAGGAGCGUCCCUCCCGCGAUGGCAGCCGUCCCCGUACCAACGAUGGACCCCGCGAGUUCCGCAACCGCCACCAGUCCCCCGCUGCCUGGGGUGAGGGUCAGCAACCCCGCCAGGACUCCCGUCCUCCCCGCCCCGAGCGCACCCCGACCGCUGCCGAGCAGGACAACCAGUGGAGAUCCAAGAUGCGCCCCGACGCAGCUGUCAAGUCUGGCAGCCAGUCCCGCGAUGGCAGCGAGGCUCCCUCCUCUCCCGCCGCCGCUCCUGCUGCCCCUGUUGGCCGCCCCAGGCUGAACCUCGCCAAGCGUACCGUUUCCGAGGCUCCCGACGUUCUGUCGCCGUCCGGUACCGAUUCCAAGGCCAGCCCCUUCGGUGCUGCCAGGCCCAUCGACACUGCCGCCAAGGAGCGUGAGAUCGAGGAGAAGAAGCAACAGGCCAUCAAGGAGAAGCGCGAGUCCGAGGAGAAGGUCAAGGAGGAGCGCCGUCUGGCGAAGGAGGCUGCUGCCAAGGAGGCUGCCGAGAAGGCCGAAAAGGCCGAGGAGGAGGCCGCGAAGGCCAGCGCGGAGAAGGAGGCCGAGCCGCCCAAGGACGCCCCCGAAGCUGCCAAGGAGGGCGAGACCACCGAGGAGAACGGUGCUUCAGAUGAGAAGAAGGUCCCCAUCCGGUCAAAGGAGCCUCGCGAGGCCCCCAAGUCUCGUGCUACUGAGGCCUCCACCUGGAGAUCGGCUUCCUCUGGAGGUCGUGGUGCUCCCUCUGGACCUCGCGGCGGUCGUGGUGGUGCUGGCGGUCCCCGUGGCGGUCGUUUCGAGGGUGGCCGCCCUCCUCGCUCCAACGGCGGUCCCGCGGCCCGGGAGCCCGCCGCCCCCGCUGCUGAGGGCGAUGCCCCUGUUGAAGAUGACGGCUGGACCACGGUUCCCAACAAGGGCCGUCGCAACGUUGGACCUCGCGGCACUGCCUAG